UCUUUCGUUAUUUUGUAUGUAAUAACUAAAGAGGAAAAAUGGUGGCCGUAACGGUCGGACGUGCGUAGUGACGCAGAAAGUAUUUUUGGACAAUUUCGGUGUUUUUACACCAGUUUUCUUAACAGGCGAAUCGCCUGCGUAAAACAUUUACUUUAAGUGUGUUAUAUGAAGUAUAUGAUCUUAUAAUGGCGUAUGGGCUGCCUCUAUAGCUCGCGAGCCACAAUUACACCCUAACCCUAACCUUAACUUUAACAACCUUAACCUUAACCUUAACCUUAACCUUAACCUUAACCUUAACAACUACAGUAACAGUGUAAGUAACGUAACAGUGACAUUUCGUGAGUGAUCGAUGAUCAAAGCGCGUGGUUAAAUCGCGCCGUUAAAUGCAAGUUCAAAUAUUCACUGUGCUAAAUCCUUUUGAUAUUUUUAUGGUUCUUUUCCCUCAAAAAUAGACACGUUAAAUAAGUAAAUGAAAUUCUUCGGAUUUUUCCAGAACUGUGCUGCAUUACUUUUAUUGUUGCAACAGUAGAAUAAUGAGUAACAGUUAUGAUGUAAAGUCUGGUGGCGAUGCCAUUGUGACAACAGUGCCACAUCAACGCAUGAAUGAGACGGAAAAUGGGAAAGCCACAGAAAACACAUCUCUAUCCCCAAACAACAAUCAGACAUACUUUGCGGAUGAGAGAGUGCAAAUACCAGAAACAACAGGUUCUAGAUUUAGUUUUAGAAAAUUAUGGGCUUUCACGGGACCUGGUUUUCUGAUGUCCAUAGCUUAUUUGGAUCCUGGCAACAUAGAAUCAGAUCUGCAGUCUGGAGUGGUGGCACAAUAUAAGUUAUUAUGGGUACUAUUAAGUGCUACUAUCUUAGGUCUUGUUAUGCAAAGACUUAGUGCACGCCUCGGUGUGGUAACUGGUCUGCAUCUAGCAGAGAUGUGUUAUAGACAAUACAAGAAAGUGCCUAGGAUUAUAUUGUGGAUAAUGAUAGAAAUAGCGAUUAUUGGUAGUGAUAUGCAAGAGGUAAUAGGAACGGCUAUUGCCCUUUAUCUGCUAUCUAAUAAAAUAAUUCCUAUAUGGUGUGGUGUACUUAUCACGGUAGUUGAUACAUUUACAUUUUUGUUCCUAGAUAAAUAUGGCUUGAGAAAAUUGGAGUUGUUCUUUGGUUUUCUCAUUGCAAUCAUGGCUGUCACUUUCGGUUACGAGUAUAUUGUCUCUGAACCUCCUCAACUAGAAGUUAUGAGAGGUAUGUUUAUUCCGUGGUACAAAGGAAUGAAUUAUGAUAAUAAGAUGCUGCUUCAAGCUGUAGGAAUAGUCGGUGCGGUUAUUAUGCCGCACAAUUUGUAUCUUCACAGCGCUCUGGUCAAAUCAAGAGACAUCGAUCGAAAGCAACCUUCGAAGAUCAGAGAUGCCAAUAUGUAUUACUUCAUCGAGGCCUGCAUUGCGUUGUUUGUUUCGUUUAUAAUCAAUGUGUUUGUUGUAGCUGUAUUUGCCCAUGGGCUUUUUGAUAAGACAAACAAGGACGUCUAUGAAAUUUGUAAAGCAAAUAAUUACACCCUCGGAAUAAAAAUCUUCGAAGACAAUAAAACGCUGGAAGCUGAUUUAUACAAAGGAGGAAUCUUUCUGGGCUGUUCCUUUGGCGCGGCAGCGAUGUAUAUUUGGGCCGUUGGUAUUCUGGCCGCUGGUCAAUCAUCCACGAUGACGGGCACAUAUGCCGGUCAAUUCGCGAUGGAAGGAUUUCUGAAUCUGCAAUGGGCCCGCUGGAAACGUGUUCUUUUCACUCGUACAAUUGCCAUAGUUCCUACGUUUCUGGUGGCAUUCUUUGCUGACAUAGACAAUUUGAGCGGCAUGAACGACAUUUUAAACGCUAUAAUGAGCAUGCAAUUGCCAUUCGCCACUUUACCGACUAUUGCCUUCACCAGUAGUGUUCAGAUCAUGGGCGAAUUUCGAAACGGAAUAGUGAAUAAGAUCGUAUCGACUGCUUUGUCCAUUCUAGUAAUAACAAUAAACAUAUACUUUGUAAUACAAACUGUCCAGGAAGAUCUGCCCCAUAAUUGGGCCAUAUUAUUAUGUAUGUCUAUAUAUGCGAUUAUGUAUCUUAUUUUCUGUGGUUACCUGGCUAUUCAUAUGGCAGUGAGCAUGGGUGCGACUUCUCUUGGCAGUCAUUGGUUUGUUGACAAGUACAUUGGUACGCCUGUAGUUUCUUCUCUUAGAAUAUCAAAUUCUGCUGUUUAUGCCAGAACAAAUCCAGCGUUUUCUAUUCAAGAGAAUAUGAGUGGCAGUUUUACAUCUUUACCAGAAUACUAAUUUAAUAGCGACAAGGAUACAUAGACAAUAACAUUUUAAACAUUGAGCAGAAACAAAUGUCUUCAAUCAGAGAUUUACACUAGAAGUAAAUUUAAGCAGUUUUUUAAUUAUAUAAUUUGUUGUUGAAUUGUGACAAAAUAUUACACAUACAAAACAAAACAUUUUAUACAGA